GCGAUUAUUUAGUCUUAUUUGUCGUGCCGCCAGUUGUUAAAGCCAGCGUGUACGAUCGCCAAUGACGGAUCGAGAUGUCCACUGGACUGGGGCCAUUUGACUUACGCGACAGGUUGUAGUGGCGUGAGCAUCAAGGAUUGCUGCCCAAGAGAUUCCCAAUUUAUGCAAAUUUAAUCCCAGAGGAAUUUGACGGACAGCUGUGAUGGACAGGUCGUCCAGACAAGCGCUGUUGGACAAGACCAACUUCCCUGGAUCGCAGCUCGCUGGAAGGGGCAAGCGGCCGGUGGUGCUCCCGCACCGCUCACCGCCGCCGACCGCCGACCGCCGCCGGGCGCUGGAGCUCGGCCUGACGCCCAGCCAGCCGCCGGCCGCCGGUGCCGCCGCCGCCGUCGACGACGACUCGUUCUCGGCCAACCAGAGCUGGGCGGGCCACCCGACGGCCGCCGCCAUGAUGCCCUGGGACACACCGCCCAUGCGCCGGCCCAAACCGGACGCCACGCUUCUCAAAGGCGAUAACCUGUUCAGCUUCAGCUUCAACGGCGCGACGGCGCGCUCGCCGUACCGGUGUCAGCAGCGCGCCUCGGACGCCGCCGGCCGCAGCCUCAACGACUCGUGGGCCUUCUACAAGUCGUUCUCGCCGUCCGACGUGCUCACGGCGCAGACGCUCUUCAUUACGCCCACCAAGAGCGUGUUCACCAUCGAUAGCCGCACCUCCCAGAUUCUCAUGUGGAACGACAUGGCCGCCGACCUGCUGGGCUACUCGGGCGCCGAGCUCAGCCAGCUGCGGCUGAAGGAGCUGUUCGUGGCGGCUGAGAGCCGGCCCCGCAUGGAGGAGGCGCACCUCAGCUCCGAGGGCAGCGUCGUCGUGUUCGCCGGCAACGUGGUGGAGGUCAUGACGAAGCGGGGUGACGUCAUCCCCGUGUCGUUAUGGCUGCGCAAGAUCGAGACGAGCAGCGCCGAGCGUCGCUGCGUCGCCGUGCUGGAGCCGGUGCAGCGGAAGACCGUGCAGAUGACGUGUGAUCGGUUUGGCCGUCUGUCGGACGUGUCGGGCUGCGUCAGUGACCUGUUCAGCCAGGAGCCGGACGAGUUUAUCGGCCUGAAGGUGACCCACUUCAUUCCGUCCCUGAAGCUGCCGUCGGACCUGCCCACCGUGCCCAAGGAGCUGCGCGUGCAGGAGGUGACGGCCAAGCGGCUGGACGGCAGCAGCUUCCCGGUCAGCGUGCGGCUGGCGGCGGCGCCGCCGUCGGCUGACGCCCCCGUCCACAGCGUGUCGUUACGCGUGCACGCCUACACCAGUCUUAUGGGACUUGUAGUCAUGGACGAGCACCUGAAGAUCAGAAACUACAACCAUAAUUUUAUAUCACUGACGGUCGGUUACGAGAAGGGCGCACUCAUCGGCAAGGACAUCCGCGAGCUCAUCCCCACCUUCGAGGAGGACAUGGAGAUGCUGGACAGCGAUGACGAGUCGCUGGCGCUGCCGCCGCUCGGCGACUCGCCGGCGCCGCACUCGCCGGCGGCCGGCCCGGUGCAGGGCGACGAGACGCAGCCGGGCAACAUCACCUACGACCUGUGCACGGUGGGCCUGGACGACGACAGCAUCGUGUAUUGCCUGUGGGUCGGCCAGGACCGGCCCGAGCCGCGCGACUCGCUGCUCUCCGGUGACCUGUCGGCCGGAGUGGCUCACUUCAGCCUGGGACAGCGUGUCGAGAAGUACCCUCCGUGUGUUGCCGCGGCCUGA